AUGUCUUCCAUCAUCACAACUGCAACUAAGCACAGUCUUGUUGUGACCUGCGUAGCUUCUGUAUUGUCUAGCAACCUCCCGGACUGGUACAAGUCUGCCCUCUUCAACGAGCUCUACUACCUCUCGGAUGGUGGCACAGUUUGGCUGGACCCGCUUCCGGCAUCUGAGGCUGAGCCUCCGAGUGCCGCCAACCCUGCCAACCCACCACUACCCCUGCCGCCCAUUGAUUUGGUUCAGUCCCGAAAUCCCAAGGUGAUCCUAGACCCGGUGGGUCUGUCGGGUCGUAGGGCCGCCGCUCGAGAAGUCUGUGAAAGUAGCGAGGAGGAGCGCGGCAAGGUCAAGACGUUUCAUGCGAGGGCUGCGCUCGGGAAGGAGAUGGGCUUGUUUGGAUACCUUGAGGGUUAA